UGAGGUCCCGCCUUUGCUCCCUUCGCCCAGUUUGGUUUUGCCCCUCCGGCCUGUCUCGCGUAGUGUUCCGGCCUCGUUGCGUCGGGAUGAGCUGCGCUCUCUCUCCAUGGAGACCAAGCGGCCUGAGAUUCCCGGCAGCGUCUUGGACGACCUGUGCAGUCGAUUUAUUUUGCACAUUCCCAGUGAAGAAAGAGACAAUGCAAUUCGAGUCUGUUUUCAGAUUGAGCUUGCCCAUUGGUUUUACCUGGAUUUCUACAUGCAGAACACACCAGGAUUACCUCAGUGUGGGAUAAGAGAUUUUGCUAAAGCUGUUUUCAGCCAUUGCCCUUUUUUACUCCCUCAAGGGGAAGAUGUGCAGAAGGUUUUAGAUGAAUGGAAAGAGUACAAAAUGGGAGUGCCAACUUAUGGUGCAAUCAUUCUUGAUGAGACCCUUGAAAAUGUGCUGCUAGUUCAGGGUUAUUUAGCAAAAUCUGGCUGGGGUUUCCCAAAAGGAAAAGUGAAUAAAGAGGAGGCUCCACAUGACUGUGCUGCCAGAGAGGUAUUUGAAGAAACUGGUUUUGAUAUAAAAGAUUAUAUCAAUAAAGAUGACUAUAUUGAAUUAAGAAUCAAUGAUCAGCUAGCACGAUUGUAUAUCAUCCCGGGCAUUCCAAAGGAUACAAAAUUUAAUCCUAAAACAAGAAGAGAGAUUCGGAAUAUUGAAUGGUUCUCAAUUGAUAAAUUACCUUGCCAUAGAAAUGACAUGACACCAAAGUCCAAGCUAGGUUUGGCACCUAACAAGUUUUUUAUGACCAUUCCCUUCAUCAGACCCUUGAGAGAGUGGCUUUCUCGACGGUACGGAGACUCUUCAGAUAGUGAUAAUGGGUUCUCAUCUGCCAGUAGCAGCACACCACCUAAAUCCAACAUAGAAAAACACAGAUCCAAACUCCAUUGUAGCCAGCAGGUGUUUACAGAUACACCUUUGGGAGACCAAUCAACAAGGCAGAGGCAAUUACAGCAACAAAAACCAUAUAACAAUCAUUUUGAUAUGCCUGAAACUUUAAAACUAAAGAAUGCGCGAGGCAAUGGCAAAAAGCAGUAUCAAGAUACUCCUAAUCAAAAAAAGAGAACAAAUGGAGUUCAAAAUCAGCCAACCAAACAGAACCAAACUUUGAAAUGUGAAAAGAAGUUGCAUCCAAGAAAACUUCAAGAUAAUUUUGAAACAGAAACAGCAUAUGAUGUGUGUUGUCUCAAUGAAGACCAGCAGCUAGAACAUGGACAAUCGGUGUCAUGCAAUGGACAUUGCAAAUUCUCUUUCUCCUCACGUGCAUUUCUGAGCUUCAAGUUUGACCAUGAUGCGAUCAUGAAACAUUUUGACCUCUGAAGCUUGGUUAUUUGCACAAGCUGGCUAAAGUCUUGGCACAGAGCAAUUGAGUGGGUUUUUAAAAUCCAACUUUUACACUUUCUCAGGUUUUAAAGCAAUGCAGGGACCUAGUGGUGGACUGGAAGGUUGUGUUCUCAUUGCAAUAUGGGAGUAGCACCAUAUAGUGUUGCACUUUAAAUGCAGUCUAGCUUUUACCUGCAAAAAUGCUUUCCAGUGUAUCAUUUACUAGUUCCUGGCUAUGCAUUAGAGGGCAUUUUUUAUUCAUUUGUUGUCUGUCUAGAUUUUGGAGGAAUAUUUUACCCUUGGUCACGUUAACCUUUUACGCAUUUAAAUUGCUCUCAUGUAUGAUAAUGGUUUUGUUUGUGAUACUUUGAGGUACAGCUGCUGAAAACACAUACAGAUUUUCUGAAGAGAUCAAUAUUCUGUACUGUGGAAACAGCUAGGUGUUUUAUGAUUCAGUAUGCUAAAAGGCAACCUUUUGUUCUGAGAAUCAUUCUGUCUGGGAUCUUACAACAUUCAAAUCAAUUUAUUUCCCUGUCUUUGUUGCACUAUAUUGGAACUUUUUAAAAUAUAGGCAUGAUUUAAAAUUGUAUUACCAUUGUGAUAUUUUAUCUUACAUUCUGUUUAGUACCUGUGUUGUUUCAGCUCCAGUGAGAAGAUGGUGGUGAGGUUGAAGUGUGUCUAAUACAAAUUUUAUUAUUCCCCACGUGUGAAAUCUCUUAAGCUAUUUCCAACCAGAAGAAUUACAGAUACUUAGAAGAUGAAACAUGAAAAUGUAUGUUUAGGGAGAUAAUUCUAGCAGAUAGAAUAAAUUAGUUUUUGGAAGUAGUACAAAGAUAAACAUCAUUAUAUGAAACCACGUGGCUUACGGCUUAUGUGGUAUCAAAACUGAGGUUUGAAAAAAUGCUGUAGCCAGUCCGAAAGCCCUAUUAGUUGUGCUGCCCAUGGUAGAAGUUGUUUGGAUGGUUUGAGGAGGCUUUCUAGUCUAAUGGAGCUAUAUAUUUUAAAACCUCCUCCUAAAAGCAGUAUGAGAGGGAAUUAGCCAUACCAGCUUCAGAUUGGCAGAGCCAAUAGUCUGAAUCAGAAAAAAGGAGCAUCGUUGAAUCCAUUAGAUCCAAAGCUGGUUCUUCCCCACCUUGGAACACCAUGUGUUGAGACUAUGUGCUAUUUGCUGCCUACAGAAACACCACCAGUGGACUUAAGAGGGUUUCCACAGUAAUGGAGUUCCUUCCUGCUGGCAGAAGAGCACCACCACCAUAUUCUAAUCCCUACAUACAAACAACAUCAAGGGCUUUUGUUUGUACUGUUCACUAGGUUUGUGCCAUUUUCUUUUAGUAUUUUGUUCUGAUUUAAAAUUGAGUUUGAUGCCAGAGUAGCAGCUCAAAAAUGCAUUGUGCUAAGUCAGUGAAAACAUGGAAAGGAAUAGCAACAAGCAAUACAAAAAACCUGAAUUUAUAAUCCUAGCCCAAGAUGCACUGAAGGAAUGUGGGUGACUAUGGAUUGUAUAAAAACUGCUACUGAAUUUUGUUUCCUCAGUGCCCUAUCCUUCCUUCCUUUGGAUUCACAGUAUGCACUGAGGUUUCUGAAAUUUAACCAGAGUGGGCUUGAAAGUGAAGCAUAGCCUGUUCACUUGCAAAAUCCCUGCAAUAGACAGUUUUCCCUUGCUAAAGGAUUGUACAGUGUAAUUUGUAUGUAACCAUUGUAUGCCUCUUCUUCAUAAUUAAUCGCAAAAUAGGUGCAGAUUAAUUUCCAAAUAAGUUCAGUUUUCUUUGUUGGCCAUUUUGUAAAUAAUUGAAUGACAGACUAACCUAGUGGCUAUAUGCCUGCCUGCUGCACCCAGCAUUUAUUCAUUACAUGAAAUUAGUUGGAUUUUCAUAUCUGUUAAAAGCAGGAUAGUUGAACAACUGGUGAUAGAGAUGCCAUUUUCAUUUGUUUAAUCUUCAUCUGUGAAGAUAAAUUUUUGGUCAGUAUUUAAUGCAGGUUGACUUUUCUAGUAAUAAAAGUGCCUAAUUUGCUAACUUCUCAAUCACUGCAAAUUGGAUUUUCAAGGCUGCUAGUGCCAAUCUUCUUCUGAUGUGUACCUUGAUUUCCAGGAAUGUUACUGUUUUAUGCUGCUUCCUUUUUGAUAUGCCAUUAAUAAGAGGAACUUUGGCACAGUUAUGUGUAUUUUGGAUAUGAGAUGCUUAAGUUUUACACUAGCAAUGUGAGAUUAAUUUUCCCAGGUAAAAUAACUUUUAGGGGGCACACAUUAUUCCCUUUUGAAUAUACAUUUUUUUUCUGCUUUGCAGAAAAUAACUUGUUCAGAAAAUCCAAUGUAUGACUACUACUUUGUUGAGGAUUUCCUAGGGACUCUAAAAGACUUACCUUGGUUUAUUAACCUAGCCUUAAUAUAGGUUGCAAAUUAGCAUAGUAAAAUAGGCAAUAAUUAUCACUUUUACAAGAUACUAUAUUGCACAUGGUUGUAUUCCUUAAUUUGACUGCUAUCAUGUCUUAAAGUGUGGAAAAUAAAUAAUGUAGUAGUUCCUCGGUACCCUGCACUGUGAACAUUUCAGAUUGUUUACUUUUUUGGUUAGUAAUGGUGUUUUUUAUUUUUUGCAAAGUGCUUAAAUUAAUUAUUAUACUCAUGUAUUCCAAAAUGCAGGCAUAUGGUUUACCUAGGUUUCUAUAUAACAAUGAAGAAAAGGCAAUUCAGUGACUGUAAUUGAUUCUUGUUUCUCUGAUGGGGCAUUUUAACGGAUGAAAAAUAAAUGAUCUGGGAAUGGAUCUGAGCUCAUCUCCAUAAAAAAUCUUACUGUUUGACUGUUGGGUCCUGUGCCGCUGUUUAGCAGGAGGCAUGGCAAUUAUUAAUCUGCCUUACUUAAUUGAAUUGUGCAGUAUGUCCAUUUGAACCUUUUUAUGAUCAAGUUAAGUCUGCUAUAAAGAUACAGACUAUAGUAUCCUCUUUAGGGAGUGUUUUUAUGUGUAUGCUUAGUAAAGGUUUUGAUUUCUUAUUAACACAUUUCUACUCUGUUAAGGAUAUGUUUUGUAGUGGCAUGAAGUCUCUGGUCUUCCUUUAGAUGCUUUUGAAAUGUUUAGAGAAAACAGAUUGGAAGAAGUAUUCCAGCUUCAGUUGCUCUUCAUUUUUGGGGGGGAUUAUAGGCAACAUUUAAGGAGAUUUUUAAUAGUUUUGUUAUACAAUUGUGCAUGUUCGUUUCGGUUUUUGUUUACAUGGCUGUCAGAUAUACAGUAUAUGAUCACUCUAUCAAGUGAUGAUGUAUUAGUACCAUCUUUUACACAGAUUUUGGUUAUUAUCACAAAGUAGAAAGUGUGGAAUGGGUUAAUGAAUAUGUGCUUAAAGCAGCUUUUUAAUUUUUAAUCUAGAGGUGAUGGAUGGUGUAAGUGCCUCUUUUCCAGUUUUUUUUUUUCAUUGCUGCCUGCCUGAAAUUGAUAGUCAUUCAUUCUUUUUGGGAGCAGUGUUGCGGCAGAUACUAUUUUAAAUUCCAGAUCAAAGUGAAAUUUGGCUGGUUAAAUGUGUAGAAUUUGAUUGUUCCUAUGCUAGAUCAAGCAUGUGGGACAUAGAUAUUUUUGUAGCUAUUAAUCAUGAAGGAUCCAAUUCAGAUGUUCUGCUCCUGCUUUCUUACAUUUGAAUUCUUAUAUGUGCGUUUAAUUCAUAUGCACUGUGAAGUCUUCCUUAUAGGAAAGCCACCUAUUACUAACAUCUAAAUGUGCUACUUAAACGUGUACAACUUUUUCAACAAGGGGAAAUCUGGCUUAAAAUGCUACUAUAUGCUGAAAGCACUGAUAGAUGCAGAAUGUCUUGAAUGCUUAUAUUUAGUGUACAUUUCACUGUUCUUCCAAGUAUGUUUGUCAGAAAUGAUACAAGAAGGUCCUUUUUAUUUUUGUUAGUGGGAUCAUGGAAAGAGCAAUGCUCUGAUGGGUUUUGAACUAUAAAUCCAGUUUUUAAAUAUCAACACAGAUUCAGUCUUUUGCUUCAGACAAGCCCAGGAUUCAUCAAUCGAACUUGUUCCAUAUGUUCAAGAUCUUGGACUUUUCUUAGGCAACAGCAUCUUGUACUAAAUGGCAAAGUUUUUUUUUAAACCAAGGGAUGUUUCCAAAAUAAUUUUGUAUAUGAAAAAAGUGUCUAAAGCAGUUUUGUAUGGGGUUGGGGGAAAUGAAAAUACUGCUGAAUACACACACAAGUCUUUUGGUGUGCUGAAAGUAAUUAUUUAGCAUUUGGUUAAGGAACAUGAUAAAUAUUAGAGGAUUAAAAUGAAAAUUAAUUUUAGAAACAUCAAUGCAUAUUGGGGGCCUGUUUUGAAAUAAGGAGUUUUUCUGAAGUUGUUUUGCUAAUAAUUUCAUUUUCAUUAUGGAAAAAUAAUACACCAAUGUAAUUUAACAAUGUGUAAAAAAAUCCCUUUUUGCAACAUAUUGUGAAAUGUUGUAAAAUAUUUUUUUCUAUUGUAAAAUCAGUUAAAUGGUCCAGUGUUAUAAAAUGAAUAUUCAGUACUGUGGCUUAUUUCAAGAAAGCAAUGUGAAAAUCUUUCUAUAAUGGCAGAUAUAUUAGCAGAAGUAUAAAUUUGAUGUACAAAUUAGUUUGUUCUUGACCAGAGUUAGUUUAUUCUUUAAAGAUGACCAAUCCUAAUGCACUGUAACCAAUGGUCUCAAACAUACCAAGUAGGUAUUUUUUAAACAAAGCAAAUGUCUACUGUUAUAUGGUAUAAAAAUGACACUGCAGUAAUAAUAGCUUGUUUUUGAUGAGAAGGCAGUGAAAAUUAUAACCGAAGAUGCAGCAAUAGAGGGUAAUGAGAGCCCAUUUGGGAAUUUUUGUUAUUAUUUUGCAGUGGCCUAAUAUAUAUGGUUUAAAUAGCCUCAUUGCUUGACAAAGGCCGAGGAAGAUUUGAGGCAAUGGACAGAGCAGAUUUUUGCAACCAUUAGUUCUUCAGAGUGUUCUUAUUUUACUCCUAUUUCUGACAGCAAGAAACUUUGGUCCCAACCAGUGGGGAGCAAUGGAUUGGCUAUCAGAUUAUUUCUUCUAUUAUGUUAGAGGAUAGAUUUUUUUUUCCAAUUACAAGUUUAAAAUAAAUCAAGAUUGUCUUUGAAAUACAACCAGCUGCCGAUGCCAAGUAUCUAACAUGUAUGGUUUUGUGUUCACUCACCAAGAUGUUUGUAUUUGAAAAGAAACAAUUAUAAUUUAAGAAUUGGACUUACAGUAUUUCAAAUUAUGUGUUAUCCAUGUUUCUGAACUGUAAGAUCAUAGUCUGCUUGUUGGACUUUAUAACAACUAACAUAUUGAAUAGAAACUGAAACUAACAUUUCAUUAAAUGACAGUAUUUAAAUUGUAAACAAUCCUUCUCAAGCAUUUUGCCUGAACAGGGAGUUCCAAAGAACUUAGGGUGCUUUGGGCUGCAUUGCCUCCAUUGUCUCUAUUACCUUCUGGAUCUUCUUACGUUUAGCUGAACUUGCUUAGAAAUCUUCCUGGGAUCAGGGAUCUUCCUUUUUCAGGAUUCCUGAUUGCAGGAUGCCUUUCUGCUCAACAGCAGGAAGAUAGCAUAAUUUGGAAUAAGGCAUAGAGUAGAAGCUGUUUUUUCCCAAGCAUUUUAUCCAAUGUUGGUUUUAAAAUGUGCCGUAUUCUAUGUUUAGUGGCUAAAAAUACAAUUCUAAAAUAAUGUUGAGUUUUGUUAUAUGAGAAAUGCAUUGACUAUGCACAUAAUUCUUGUAUGAUAUCAUUAAACAAUUUUCAAUCAUA